AUGGAAUCAGAGGAGAUGGUCCGGGGAAUGCUGUACCUGUCUCUCACUGUGGUUGGAGUUCCAGGAAACAUUGCUGUCAUCGUGGCAUUCCUCCUGGCACUGUACCAGGAGCAUCAGCUUCUUCCUGCUGACGCCAUUGUGCUGCACCUGGCCUGUGCCAACCUGCUGGUGGUAAGCGUGCGCUGUCUGCUGGAGACCCUGGCCACCUUCCGCCUGGUCAACAUCUUCGGGGAUACGGGCUGCCAGGGGGUGAUCUUUGUCUACCGUACGUCUCGCUCCCUCUCCAUCUGGCUCACCUUUGUGCUGAGUGCCUACCAGUGCCUGAGCAUCGCUACUCCCGGCUCCCGCUGGGCCUCCAUCCGUGUCCUGGUGGCUCGCUACCUGGCAGUGAUCUUCCUCACUCUUUGGGUCAUCAAUACCUCCAUGAGCUCGGCAGCCAUAGCCUUCUCCCUGGGCUCCCGGAAUGACUCGGUCAACAUGCAGCACAGCAUUAAUGUUCAAUUCUGCUAUGUUCGCUUUCCUACUAUGCAGUCCAAACAGGUGAACGGGGCUGUCCAGGUAGGGAGGGACGUGGUACCUAUGGGCAUGAUGACCCUGGCCAGUCUGGUCAUCCUUUUGUUCCUGUACCGCUACAGCCAGCAGGUGAAGGGACUCCGCAGCAGCUCUGGGGCCAGCGGUGGGGCAGAGCAGCGGGCGGCUAAGGCUGUAGUGGCCUUGGUGACCCUGUAUGUGGUCCUCUAUGGGGUGGAUAAUGGACUGUGGGUAUACACCCUCACAGUGAGGAAGACCAUGAACUCCUCACUGAUCUCAGACCUGCGCAUAUUCUUCUCGUCGCUGUAUGCAGCGCUCAGCCCCCUGGUGAUCAUAGCCACCAACAGGAAGGUGAACAGCAGGCUGAGGUGUGUGGUGCAGGAGAGGCCCGUUCAGGACAAAGUCACUACACUAUCUACUGUGUGAGUUAGGGACUUAUUUUAGUAAGAUGGUAACAAAGAUGAAGAAUGUUGAUUAUAAAUUAAUUAUGUUGCUAUUAGAAUAUGGAGUAGAAAACACAUAGACCUAACAUUGUACGUUGUUAAAGGCGUGGCAAAAGUAUCUUGACCUCUUGUACUAACAUUUUUUAAGAACUUUUCUUCUGUUUAAUAUUGUUUAAUAUACUGUAUAAAGUUAAUGUUUGAGCUGUUUUGAUUAUUAUGUGGAAAAGUUGGUGGCAAGCUUGGAUUGAUGGAACUCAAAGGUCAUGAAACCAAUAUAUUGCUACAAAUGUGCCUAGAACAUGCCUACAAAUUUAAAAAUGAGCAUCACAAGUAGUGUUUGAGCCUUUUCUGUCAAAGUCCUAUUAGUGAAAUUGCCAUGAUAUUAAUCAUUCCAUAUUUGUCCUGUUAUCGCUUUGUUUGUUCAUUCAUUAUGUUCCUUCAUCUUAAUUGGAUGGAAACAUUAUAACUGGAUGACUAACAGCACACUAUAGCUGUCAAAUGACUUCCAGCAGUCUCUUUCAUUGUUAUUAACGAUUUGAAUGAGAUCUGUGAAGCGUCACACUGCUAAUGAAGGUAGUUAAUUGCCCCACAGAGACCCAGGUACAGUCGCAUGAGAAAACCAACUCUCUUUAGAACAAGAAAGAUUCACUCUGAAUAUAAAUAUCUGAUGUAAAUGUGAAAAGGAUGGUUUUCAUUUAUAGGUCAAAUAAUAAAGAUGAGACUAUUAAGAUAAUAGUAUAUGAUUGGUUGACAUUAUAAAUGUAGACAUUUCCAUCAAAUUAGAUGUUAGAUUAAGUUGCAUGAGCUUUUAUACCCUUGAUUGACU